GGCCCCGCACGGCGCUCACGCGCGCCGCCGCCUUUAUAGCGGCCUCGGAGCCGCGCUUCCCGCACUCGGGUGCAGCCGGGCGGAUCCCACGUGGUGCCUCGCAGGUCCACGCAGCGCCACGCAGCCCCCAGCCAUGCUCGCGUCCCGGAGCCCCGCUCUGCGCCUCGGAGCGUGGCUGCUGCUGCUGCUGCUGCUGCCGCCGCGGCUCGCGCGCGCCGAGGGAGCCGCUCCCAUUGCCAUCACCUGCUUCACCAGAGGCCUGGAUAUCCGGAAAGAGAAAGCAGAUGUUCUCUGCCCGGGAGGCUGCUCUCUUGAGGAAUUUUCUGUGUUUGGGAACAUAGUGUAUGCUUCAGUGUCCAGCAUAUGUGGGGCUGCCGUCCACAGGGGAGUGAUUGGCACCUCGGGGGGACCUGUGCGUGUGUACAGCCUUCCUGGUCGGGACAACUAUUCCUCAGUGGAAGCCAAUGGCAUCCAGUCUCAGAUGCUUUCCAGAUGGUCCUCCUCCUUCACGGUGACCAAAGGCAAAAGCAGUACCCAGGAAGCCACAGGGCGGGCCGUGUCGACAGCCCACCCACCUGCAGGUAAACGACUAAAGAAAACACCAGAGAAGAAGUCUGGCAACAAAGACUGCAAGGCAGACAUUGCAUUUCUCAUCGAUGGAAGCUUUAAUAUCGGGCAGCGCCGAUUUAAUUUACAGAAGAAUUUUGUCGGGAAAGUGGCAUUAAUGCUGGGAAUUGGAACAGAAGGACCACACGUGGGCCUCGUUCAAGCCAGUGAACAUCCAAAAAUAGAAUUUUACUUGAAAAACUUUACUUCAGCCAAAGAUGUCUUGUUUGCCAUAAAAGAAGUAGGUUUCCGAGGGGGUAAUUCCAACACAGGAAAAGCCUUGAAGCACACUGCUCAGAAAUUCUUUACGGCCGACGCCGGUGUAAGAAAAGGGAUACCAAAAGUGGUGGUGGUGUUUAUUGAUGGCUGGCCUUCUGAUGACAUUGAGGAAGCAGGCAUUGUGGCCAGAGAAUUUGGUGUCAAUGUUUUUAUAGUUUCCGUGGCCAAGCCCAUCCCUGAAGAGCUGGGGAUGGUUCAGGAUGUGGCAUUUGUUGACAAGGCUGUGUGUCGGAACAAUGGCUUCUUCUCUUAUCACAUGCCCAACUGGUUUGGAACUACAAAAUACGUAAAGCCUCUGGUGCAGAAGCUCUGUACUCACGAACAGAUGAUGUGCAGCAAGACCUGUUACAACUCUGUGAACAUCGCCUUCCUGAUCGACGGCUCCAGCAGUGUCGGAGACAGCAAUUUCCGCCUCAUGCUGGAAUUCGUUUCCAAUAUAGCGAAGACAUUUGAAAUCUCAGACAUUGGAGCCAAGAUAGCUGCUGUACAGUUCACUUAUGAUCAGCGCACAGAAAUGAGUUUCACAGACUAUGACACCAAAGAGAACGUUCUGGCUGUUCUAGCGAACAUACGCUACAUGAGUGGUGGGACAGCUACUGGUGACGCCAUUUCCUUUACUGUUAGAAAUGUCUUUGGUCCCGUAAGGGGGAGCCCCAACAAAAACUUCCUGGUUAUUGUCACAGACGGGCAGUCCUAUGACGACGUCCGAGGCCCUGCCGCAGCCGCCCAUGACGCAGGUAUCACCAUCUUCUCUGUUGGUGUGGCUUGGGCUCCUCUGGAUGACCUGAAAGAUAUGGCCUCUAAACCCAAAGAAUCACACGCUUUCUUUACCAGAGAGUUCACAGGACUGGAACCAAUUGUCUCUGAUGUGAUCAGAGGCAUCUGUAGAGAUUUCUUAGAAUCCCAACAAUAACCGAUACUCUUGUCAACUCAAAGAAUAAGGACAAGGGGCUCUAAUAUGCAAAUUGUAUUCUUAGUACCUAAGUACUAUAGCUUACCGGGAUCAGAAAAUAUGUCAGCAGCUGUUUAAAGCAAAUGAUUUGAGACUCCCAACUUAAAAUUGGUUGAGACUUGAAAAUCAGGGUCCUUAGAAACUCAGGAAGAGAUGUCACGGAUUAAAACUGAGGGAUUCAAAAUCAUCCUCCAAGUGGCUACGUAAGCUCCACGGCUCCAAGAACACAAAGCACUCUCCCUUCUUGAAUCACUCGGCAGACCAUGCAAGGAAGACAUGAAGUUCAAAUAUUUUGACCCAUGUUUUCUUAAAACCAGACAACAGACAGCUGUUAUUUCGUGCACUAGUCAUAAUUACACAUUAUAUGGGAUCAUUAUCAAGCUUCUUUUGUAGUGUUUUCAUAACUUAAUGGUUGAAAAUACCACGUUGAGUAAAGAUAGGACUGCCUAGUAUUUUUCUAUUUAUAUCCUUAAUUUUAUGUGUAUAGACAGGCAUGUACUCCAAGAGAAAAUGUUUAAGCAGGUAAAGUUUUUGAAAGAAGAUAUUUCAAGUAUUGUAACAGGAAAAGAUACAUGGCACAAGAGCUUGGAUGUAUCAACAAUAAAACUGCUAGUGACUUAC